AUGACAAAGAAGAAAGGCACCAAGAAGUCCAUUGACCCCAAUCUACUCACCCCGGAAUACAUUGAGCAGCAGCGACGAUUACGAGAAGAACGCAAGGCUAGAGAAAAGCUAGAAAAAGAAGCCCAGGGCAUAUUCGAUUCCCCAACUCCAGAACCAUCCCAGAAGUUUAUCAAGCGUGCAAUGCUCCGACUCCCCGGCGCAGAAGACGAUGAAUCGAAACUUUGCAUUUCGAUAAUGACAUACAACAUCUUGGCGCAAUGUCUAAUCCGCCGCUCGCUUUUCCCCACCAACGGCAAGAUCUUGAAAUGGUACAUCCGCUCGCAGAUACUACUCGCUGAAAUCGCCCAUUAUGACCCGCUGAUACUAUGUUUGCAAGAGUCCGACAAGUUGCAAUAUCACAAUUUCUGGACUGGAGAGUUGGCGAAGCGUGGGUACGAGUGCAAAUUUUACCACUACAAUACCAAGAACCACGGACUCGUUAUCGCGUAUAAAACUGAACUUUUCCAAGUCAAGCAUCAAAGUUUCAUCAAAUAUGAUCAAGAGACUGAGGAGGAGUCGAAGCUUCCACCUGCACGGAUUCAAACCAAGAAUGUCGGACUCUUGUGCUUACUCGAGUUCACAGGCUCUACACUUGAGAAAUUCCCGUAUUUGCGCCAGCGCAAUGGGGUGAUUGUGGGAACAACACAUGCCUUUUGGCAUCCUUUUGGGACUUAUGAGCGUACUAGACAGAUGUAUACUGUGCUAGAUAAGAUCCGCGAGUUUCAGCAUACCAUGCGUGUCCUUGCACGCAACGAUUAUCCAUUUUACACUUUUUUCACUGGCGACUUGAAUGCCGAACCGUUUGAUGCUCCGUAUUUGAGUCUUGUCGAUAAACCUGUGCAGUACCUGGGCAGAACGAAAAACGUUUUGGGUUGUUCACUAAGCUACACGUUUUCGAAAGAACGAGCCAUCGAUGAUGAAGAUGACGAGGAGGACGACGAAAAAGACGAAGGAUCCGAGGAAUCGCAGGAGACGGUGGAAACUAAAGCAAAUAGCUCCCCCUCAUCAUCAUCAUCAUCAUCAUCAUCAUCGUCAACGUCGUCGUCGUCUGCGGCCCAGAAGGGGGAGGAAGUGGAGGAAGGGCAGGAGAUGGAGAGACAGCGCAACAACCCCGAUGAUCCCGAACCGGACGAAUUUGAACCCACGCAGGAACAGGAGACGUUGAUCCAACAGCUAUGUGAAGCACAUAAUGAUAUGAACUUGAGGGCCAUAUCAUUGUAUUCUGCGGGUUAUAAACUUGUCCACGAGGCAAAUGCCCAAAACACUCGUGGAGAGGCCGAAUUUUCGAAUUGGGUCGACAAAUGGAGCGGCUUGCUUGAUUAUAUAUUGGUGAUUGUGCCGUGGGACAAGAGUCAAAACAAGAAACAGGUUGAUACUCCGUUGGAACUAGCUAAAAAUUACAAUGUCAAACUAAAAAAGCUAUUAAGACUACCUACGGCACAAGAAAUGGGACCAAAGCCCAACGGCCAGCCGAGAAUUUACCAGUAUCCUUCUGAUCAUCUUUGCAUAAUGGCUGAAAUCGAACUUGAAUAA